GACAGUAAGUAGAAAGAUAUUGCUCUCCUCUUAUAAUUUAUUGCUCAACACUUUUCUACUUAUUCUGUCAUUUUCUCGAACACUUCCUGUACAAUCUGGGGAUGUGGGGAAUCAGGUUUACAAGAUCAAAGCUUUAUGCUUUUUCAUUUUUCGCAAGUGCCCAUUUGAAAAUACCAACCCAAUAUCGAAAUCCCAUCUUUGAAACAGUUGUAACAACAACAAAAUCAAUAGCUACCACCAAGCGUUUGAAUUUAUGCUUCUCAUUUCAAUUAUCUUCUUUUGGUACUUCGAAUACUGAUUUCCCAAGAGAACCAAAGGUUGAAAAUUUUGAUGAAAAUAGUGAUAAUGAUAAUGAUGGUGGAGAAGAUAGUGAUGAUUUUGAGGGCAAUAAGAGAUUGAGUUUAAGCGAUGGUGUUAUUGAGUACGUAAAGGAAAUUAUGUACAUAAUCCGUGUAACUGGCAGGAAUUAUCUUGAAUUGAAGAUUAAGCUUGAACAAUGUGGUGUAAGGGUUUCCUCUGACAUGGUGGUGGAGGUGCUUUCUCGGGUUCGACAUGAUUGGGAAGUGGCUUAUACAUUCUUUUUAUGGGCUGGGAAACGACCUGAUUAUGCUCCUUCAUUGCGUGAAUAUCAUUCAAUGAUUUCUAUUCUAGCAAAGAUGAGGAAGUUUGAUACUGCGUGGGCGUUGAUUGACGAAAUGAGAGGAGGACGAGCAGGCCCUUGUCUUGUGACUCCACAGACUCUAUUGAUCAUGAUAAGGCGUUACUGUGCUGUGCAUGAUGUGGGGAGGGCUAUAAAUACAUUCUACGCGUAUAAAAAGUUUAAGUUUGAUGUGGGAAUUGAGGAGUUCCAUAGUCUGUUAUCUGCCCUUUGUCGAUACAAAAAUGUGCAGGAUGCUGAGCAUCUGAUGUUUUGUAACAAGGGUGUCUUCCCACUUAAUACCAAAAGUUUUAAUAUUAUACUGAAUGGCUGGUGUAAUGCCAUCCGUAGUCCACGUGAAGCAGAAAGGGUUUGGAGGGAAAUGAGCAAGAGAGGUGUUAGCCAUGAUGUUGUGUCAUAUGCUAGUAUCAUGUCCUGCUACUCAAAGGGUUCUAAUCUUAACAAGGUACUUAAGCUUUUCAGCCAAAUGAAAUCAAUGAGGAUUGAACCAGAUAGGAAGGUUUACAAUGCAGUGAUCCAUGCUCUUGCAAAGGCUAGGCAUGUAAAAGAGGUCAUCAAUCUUCUCAAAGUUAUGGAAGAGAAUGGUAUUGGUCCAAAUGUUGUUACUUAUAAUUCACUCAUAAAGCCUCUAUGUAAAGCAUGGAAGGUAGAUGAGGCUAGACAGUUAUUUGAUGAAAUGUUGCAGAAGGGCCUCUCUCCUACAACUCAGACCUACCAUGCUUUCUUUCGUAUUCUAAGAAACGGGGAAGAUGCGUUUGAGCUCUUGAAGAAAAUGAGAAAGUUGGGCUGUCAACCAACCAAUGAUACCUAUAUCAUGCUGAUAAGAAAGUUUAGUCGAUGGUGCCAAUUUGAUAAUGUCUUCAAGUUGUGGAAUGAGAUGAUUGAAAAGGGGGUUGGCACUGACCGUAGUUCAUAUAUUGUAUUGAUUCAUGGGUUGUUUUUAAAUGGAAGGUUGGAUGAUGCAUACAAAUAUUACAUGGAGAUGAAAGAAAAGCAGUUUUUGCCGGAACCAAAGAUAGAUCAGAUGCUUCAGGAUUGGGUUUCUGGUAAGCAAUAUGCUGAUCGAGUAAUGGCUGAUCUGAAGAAUAAUCAAUUGCUAGAUAAAAAGUUGAACAACCAGAUCAGAGUUCAAUCGAAAAAACAUGAUCAGGAGAAAGAUUUUCUCAAGCAACCUGAAACCAGAAGAGUUGUCAGAGAAAGAGGUUUUUCUUUUCAGGAGCAAUAGGUUUGCAUGGUACCAUAAAAUGCCACAAUAUCUACUCUGCAUAUGGGACUAUAGGCUUCAACACUGAGAUUACCUUGGAUUCUAUCCAGUGCAUGGGAUUCUCCAUCAGCAACAACAAUGCCGGAUGCCUUAUUCCCUUGCAACUAUUUGAUAAUACUGUCUAAUAUUGUGGUUGAGAAUAUUCUUUUUGAAUACUGAAUAUCCGAUUCGAAAAA